AUGCCCGCCGACACGAUGGAACAAGAUUUUGCCUCAACGUCACUCCUUCCUCCUCCUACUUCAUCAUCGAUAGGAAAAGAUAGCGCCAAGAUCAACGAAGAAUCGCUCGCCAGUUCUCGGACUUCGACAGUGAAGAUGACUGGGGACGAGUGGAAGCCGAGCAGGGAGAUCUGGCUGGUCAUCUUGGGCCAAAGCUGCUGCGUCUUCGUCGUAGCUCUGGAUGCUACCAUUCUUGCGGCUUCACUUCCAACAGUCUCACAUGCUCUCAACGCCGAUGCGGUCAAGUCAUACUGGUUCAUCACUGCCUACCUUCUCGCCAGCGCCGUCAUCCAACCACUUUCUGCAGCCCUUGCAGACGUACUCGGCCGACGACCGACAUUCUUCAGCGCCAUCGUGCUGUUCACCGUCGGCACGAUAAUAUGCUGCACCGCACACCAUUCACCUCAGAUGCUAGUUGGCCGGACGAUCCAGGGUAUCGGUGGAGGUGGCGCACUAUCCGUCAACCUCAUCAUCUUGAGUGAUAUCAUCCCUCUGCGACAGCGAUCGAAGUAUGUCGGGCUCAUCCAGCUCAUCAACUCCCUCGCCACCACCUUCGGACCUCUUGUCGGCGCUGCUCUGAUCAAGACUUCCUGGCGUUGGCUGUUCUACAUCAACUUUCCGUUCUGCGGUAUCGGCAUCGCUGCCAUUCCAUUCUUACUCCGUUACGUCAAGGCCGAAACUACCUUCUACGACCGACUCAGCAUGAUCGACUGGACUGGCUGUACGAUCUUCAUCAUUGGCGCCACUUCCUUCUUGGUAGGCUUAUCCUGGGGAGGCAACCAACACUCCUGGGGCAGUGCUGCUACCCUCGUUCCACUCGUCCUCGGCGCACUUAUCAUGUGCCUAUGUAUAGCGUAUGAAGGCUACGUCGCGAAGACACCGUUUCUGCGACUAUCGGUGUUCGGCAGUCGUUCUGCUAUUGCAUCAUACUUGUGCACGAUUCUGAGCUCGCUGACACUCUUCUCCGAGAUGUACUUUCUCGUCCUCUUCCUCGGAACCGCAAAGCUUUACUCUCCACUCAAGAGCGCGAUCAUCUUCCUCUCAUUCGCAGCAUCGGUCGUGCCAGUCUCCGGCAUCACAGGAGCUCUGAUCACCAAGCUCGGAGGGUAUCGCUGGGCAUUAGUCACCGGCUGGAUCAUCAACACCUUCGGUCUCGGUGCACUCAUGAUUCUCGGACCAGAAUCGUUCAUGCCAGGGCUGGUCUUCCUCUUCAUCCUGGCUGGCAUCGGCCAAGGCAUGUUGUUCAUGGCACACCAAGUCGCUACACAAGCCAGCUCGCCCGUGAAGGAUGUCGCCUACGCAUCAGCAAUGUUCUCAUUCUGCCGAAGCUUUGGCUUCUGCCUGGGCGUGGCUUUAGGCGGUACUGCUUUCCAGAACUUCCUCCGCCACCAUUUGGCACACAACGGCCUUUCUGCGGAGUUAGCCGCAGCUAUCGCGUCGAAUGCCGAAGGUUAUGCGACACUACUGCGCAGUAUGGCGCCUGGUCCGGCGAGACUUGUCAUCGUUGAUGGCUACACAUAUGGCUUUCGCUACUUGUUCGCUACCAUGGCUGGCAUUAGCGCUCUUGGGCUGAUAUUGUGUAUGCUGAUCGAAGACCACGACCUUGACGUUCAGCAUGACUCCAGCCAUAAGCUGCGAAGCAGAGACCCGAAUGGAUCUGGUCGUCAGAGUCCUGAAGAUGCCGCGGAGAAGAGAGUUUCUAUGGUAUGA